GUGACUCGCAGGGAUCUCGGAGCUGCAGCUUCCAAACUGUGGGCGUGUUUUUCCUCAGUCUUGCCUCCAGUCCAGAGUUUUUUUCCUGGGUGUUGCCUGCCUGGAUUACAACUUUGGAGUUUCACCGGGUGUUGCAGAGAAGCAGAAAGAAGCCGGAUAGUUUCUGUAACGCCAGCAUUUAUUAAGUUUUCUGGACCUCAGUCGAGCUCCUCUUCCUUUGUUGACGUUGUAGUUUUCUAAGGAGCUGUUUUAUUUUAGCCGCCGUUAGCUUGCUAAGCUAACUGAGCUCUGACUGCUGUAACGUUGGCUGGGUUGCUAGCGAGAGAGGCAUCCGAUGCAGGCCAUUAAGUGUGUGGUGGUGGGGGACGGGGCUGUGGGUAAAACAUGCCUGCUCAUCAGCUACACUACCAAUGCCUUCCCUGGAGAGUACAUCCCCACAGUCUUCGACAACUACUCUGCCAAUGUGAUGGUUGAUGGGAAACCAGUAAACCUGGGCCUGUGGGACACAGCAGGACAGGAGGACUACGACAGGCUCAGGCCUCUGUCCUACCCACAAACAGAUGUGUUCCUGAUUUGCUUUUCUUUAGUCAGUCCAGCCUCCUUUGAAAACGUCCGUGCCAAGUGGUACCCUGAGGUGAGACACCACUGCCCCAACACGCCCAUCAUCCUGGUGGGCACCAAGCUGGACCUGAGAGACGACAAGGACACUAUCGAAAAACUCAAGGAGAAGAAACUGUCCCCUAUCAUCUACCCUCAGGGCUUGGCCAUGGCGAAAGAAAUAAGUUCAGUGAAGUAUCUGGAGUGCUCCGCUUUGACGCAGCGCGGCCUUAAGACGGUGUUUGACGAAGCCAUCAGGGCGGUCCUGUGCCCCCCGCCCAUCAAGAAGAGGAAGAGGAAGUGCACAUUAUUGUAAUGCAGAACCACAGGGAGGAGAAGAAUAACGGCUGCAGUCAGAACUCGUCCUCUCAGAGGGAAGAAGAUGAUGGCUGGGUUCCCCACAUAUCUGUUCACCCCCUGUGUCCUUGCUUACAUAGAAGCUCUGGUAGAUCAGACUUCCAUCUGAAAGGACUUAACAGAUCCAAGCAGCACUUAAUGUUUCUGUUUGCUUCCAUAUGUUCAGUCCUUUCAGAUCAACAGGAAUGAAGUGACUUUGCGAAGGCCUUGGGGAAUGUGAGGGUGGGGGAUUUGAUUUUGGGGUUGACUAAGGAGAAAGAGGGAGGAUUUUACAACAACAGGAAAAAAAAACAUCCAUGUCAUUUUUCUCAGACAUUGUGAAGAAACACUACUUGAAUGUGAUUUUACCAUGAAAUUACCGUAGAUUUAAGAGAAGGAGGUCCUACAUUGCACUCUUUUCCCUGCACACUAAGAGAUUCCUGCUGCCUUGAUGAAAUUUUACUUUUUUUUUUUUUUAAUUUUAAUUUUAAUUUUAGAAGCUCUAAUUUCUCCUUUUUUUCACUGUUAGUUUCUUGUCAGCUGUGGCUGGCGGACCGUUUUUGUUUACAUGUGUCAUCUGACUAGACUGAGGUGUCGCCAAAACUCAGUCAACGGUCACUCUGUAGUCGCUCCAUGAACACUAAAAUGUCUCUACUUUUUAAAUUUUGUUUUAAUCUGUGCAAGAUACGAUCAUGCAGAAAGGUUAACCCUGACAUGACUGAUAAUUGUUGUAGCAGCUGCUAAAAUAAUAAUUACUCCCUAGAAUUAACGAGCAUUUAAAACAGUCUCUGCUAGAUAAUUAACAGGUUAUGACCUCGUUUUGUUCCUAAAAGCUUUCUAGAUGAGUCCAUUGCUCUCUUCUUGCUACGUGUUAAGCGAACACAGUAUUUUGUGACUGAUUGUCGGGCAUGUGAAGGUGCAUCGCAGCCAGUGUUGUCGUGCUGGUUCAUAUUCAAUCUAUCUGUGAAGUUUAAAUCAUUUGAAAUUCUCAAUAGAAGUUCUCGCUCAUUUUGACCACAUCUGUAUGAAGUCUACAAGCCAGUGUAUUUGCACUCGACGGUCGCAACUGAUUUUAAUGUCUGUCGUACAAUGUGAGCAGUAACUAUUCCUACCGCAUUUUAUUUUUAAAGGAACAAUGAUCAAAUUGCAUGGGCGCUCUGUGGAAUGGCUGUAAAUCUGGACUCAUUUUAUCAGUGUUUCAACAGCGCAGUGGAAGUGCACACCUGGAUUUAUUUUCUUGCUAAAUGUGGUUUCAUUUUCACCAAGUAAUGUGCUGAUUUUUUUUUUUUUUUUUAAAGCAAAUAAAUUCAUCGAAAAUGC